CUCUUCAAUAAAGUCAUUUCCCUAACGUUCUUGGCAAAGAUAUUUUCGACCUUUCAAUGUCAGAAGAACUUCAAGAAUCAGAGGUUAUAUUUUCCGAUGAAUAUUAUACCAGGAACAAGAACAAGAGUAGCAUCGACGAGAACAACAAAACAAAGACGACGGCGAUGGAGAAAAAGUCAUCUCCGGUGAGAAUCCCGUCGAGAAGUAUUUUCCGGCGUGCGGAGGAGGAGGAAGAGGAGGAGGGAGAGAUCACUCCGCCACAUAUAAUCAUCGGAAAACGAAGAAUGGAGGCGCAAAUGGCGUUUUCCUUUUGUACACUCAAAGGGAGAGAGUUGAGUCGUCACCGUAACUCCGUUCUUAGGAUGACCGGUUUUUUGGAAGUAUAAUUGAAAACAUUUCCGGUUUAGUUUGCUCUAGUUUGGUUCGGUUUCAUAUCGUUUUUCUCAAUUCUUCCUUUGGGGUGUAUACAACAGCACAGAAAAGAAACAACGGAGAACGAUUUUUUCCUUUACUUGCUGAAUGAAAGUUUCAAGUAAUAGGAAUAUAUUUUCCCAUGUUUUAUCAGGUAACAGUAAGAUGUUAAUCUUUUAAUAUUAUUUAUAUUAACUUAUUGUUUGGUUUCUUGAGAA